AUGGUUUAUGUGGUGCGUGAUCCAGGAGACUCAAAGUUUGAAGAGCAGAGCACUGGCUCUGUGGUGAUGGCUGAUCUUCAGCUGUGUUUGUCUCAGCCAGGAACAGUGGUGAGAGCAUCUGUGGUCACAGUGAACUUGCACUGCUCCAAGGCAGUCUUUCGGAGUCACACCAGGGCUGAAGACAUGAAGACUAAAGCCAAGAAUUACAAAUCUGCCCUGUUUGACAGCCCCUUCCCAAACCAGAACCAGGCCAAGAGCUGCUGGCAGAACCACUAGGAUUUCUACCACUGAGAAAAGGCAAUGACCAAAAGGGGGGGUGAUGUCUCCAGGUGUGAGUGGUACCAGUGUGUGUACGUGUACAAGUCCCGCUGCCCCUUACCAUCAGUCUCGGCCUGGGAUGACUGUCACAGAGCAGAAGGCACAUUUCCUGGGAAGAUCUGA